UGAGGGCGCUCUGAACAAAAUUGAAAUUAUUGAUAUGAAAAUUAUGGCUGCUGCUGCCUGCUGUCAUUUGUCAAUAAUCAAACAUUCACAGCUUUUAUUGGUUGUGACAACAUAUCAUCAGGAGAAUGGUUCAAAUAGAAUAACCAUUAAUUCAAGGCAGUGGCUUAUUUGACAGUUCAAUUGACUUCCAACAAUUAAAAUGGCCUCGACUUUCCCUGGGCGUGGUCGUAGACAUGGUGCUGGCACAGGAACUUCCAAUCUGAAAUCAAAGGCUAGCAGUAACAUGGUCGAUGAUGAUGAUUUCUACAAAAAUCUAGCGGCAGAAAUGGAAGAGGAAUCAGAUGUAUCAGAAGCAGAUGUCAGCAAAAUGUUAGCUGAUAUGGACGAUAUGGACGACGCCCUCUUUGGUUCUUCUAUGAAAUCUCGGCCAGGGAGCACUGGAACUCAAGAGAAGCCUCCUAAACAAAGCCCGACUAAGACCAAGGAAAAAGAGAAACCAACGCUUGAACAUACCCUGGAGUUGGAAAAGUCACUGGAGGAUGAGUUAUUUAAAGCCAUGAGCCCUCGUGAGUUGAGCCCCGCCAUGAGCCCAAGGCGAACCAGUAAACCCAAACCUCAGCCCAAGAAAUUUGACUUUGGAGAUUUUGAUGAGGAAGAUCCCCUUGCUGGAUUGCUCUCCGAAGACGAAGACGGAGGAACGAAGAAACCGAUUAAGAAAAAAACUCCCAAGAUGACCAAGAGGGAAGACGAGCCGAUCCAAAAAUCCAGACCAGAACCCGCGAAGCAAGAAAACCCAGCAAAAGACGACAUUUCUAGGUCAGAGGGCAUCAAUGUCAAAGAUGAUCUGCCGGAAAAAAUUGAAGCGCCACCGGUGAAAAGAUCAAGAGCUAAAUCCAUUGACUUUGACGACGAAGAGGAUGGUACAGACAUACUGGGUAGUCUUGGAUUGGACAAAAAGUCGACAGUGGGAAGUAAUAGUGCAAGUAGUAAGACGAAGGAGUUGUCCACAGGAAGCAAGUCAGGGAGGAUUCGUGGUGAGAAGGAGGCAGACUUUGGAGAUGAAUCAGACCUCCUUGGGAGUCUUGGACUCGGCACCAGCCCAAGAGAGAGACGGCGUAGCAGACCAGAGGAGAGCCAAGAGGCAGAACAGGCAAAGAAUAAAGUCAGUGAACUCUUUGGAACAAGCUCCGUUUCUAAGAUGCUGGACAAACCACCAGCGGGGAAACAACGACAGUCUCAGCUCGACAAGAUACUGAAGAAGAAGGAGAACCCUGGAUCUGCCUCGAAAGCCAAGGAAAAAGAGGAGAAAGAGGAAGACUUCAGUUUUGGGAGCUACACCCCUUCAUCUGUGAUGUCACGCCCAGGUUCUGCCCCGCCUCCCCGACGCUCUGUCCGAUUUUCAGAUGAAGAUGACUUGACAGGAACAUUAGACAGGCCCAAGUCCAGAGCCAAUAUGUCUGCCUUCCUGGAUGAUCCAAUUGAGAGGCCAAAGAGUGCAGCGUCGGGUAUCAGCAGUCGGAGGACUGGUAGAAACUCUAGGGGCAGUACAACACCGUCUGAUGAUUGGUUGGAACUAGCCGCCGGUGCCAAUAGCAGCCAAUCAGAAGUUGAGAAGCCAAAAGAGCAGAAUGAACCCGCCAAGAAGAAGCCAUCUCUUGGCAUGAAGGUCACAGAGGACUCUUCACAGCCAAAUCCUGCGUCAACUGAGUAUGAACCUAAUGAGGGUACCACACCUCCCUCUGGCAAACCCCCGAUAGAGGAGACACCUCCAAGAGCGCCCUCUGCUGCCGACUAUCUGGGACUGUCAGACGCCGAUAUAGAUAUUGAUUCCCUGGUGAAGCCCAAACCUCUUGGUGACCCAUUCAGUGCACCUAUCCAGAGAGACACAACAUCUCCAUUUCCGUGGGACACUUCCAGCGGCGGGGCUAAGCUUGGCAAGCCACCAGCUUCAAGUACACCGCAGCCUACAGAUGAUUUUGACAUGGACAGUGAAGAAGAAGAAGAUCCCUUGAAGACAAGUCAGAUGAGUCAGCAAAUACUGCAGCUGCAGCAGAUGAAGCAGCAGCAACAACAACAACAACAACAACAACAACAACAGCAGCAGCAACAACAACAACAACACCAACAACAACAACAACAGCAGCAGCAGCAACAACAACAACAACAGCAGCAACAGCAACAACAGCAGCAGAUGGAAAGACAACAUCAGCAGCAGAAACAACAGCAACAUCAGCAGCUGACAACACAACCUGCAGCAUCUGCUUUUGAUGAUGCACGACAACCAGCCACACAGUCAAGACCUCCUCAAAGUGGUACAAGGAAAGAGCCGCAGUGGCGACAAGAACUACGACAGAAACAGCAGCUGCAGGAUAACAGCAGGGCUGGUUUGGCUGCCUCUACCUAUGAGCAGCAAGCUGCUUUACAGAUGCCAGUCCAGAGUGUUUCAGCUACUUCAGCGAGUUCUCUCCCUGGUUAUGAGGCAACGUCAGAUAAACAAGCCAGUCUUCAGCAGCAGGACUUGAGUCUGUCUGCUGACGAGGCUUGGCAGAAUCAACUGCAGAGGAGUCAACGAGAGAUGGACGACGCCUUGAGGAAACAACAGGCUCAGUGGGCAAACCAGCAGCAGUUGCAACAGCAGCAGUUACAACAGCGACAGCAACAGGCAAUGCAGCAGCAACUGCAGAUGCAAGAAGCACUACUCAAGGCCCAGACUGCAUCCCCUAUGACCACAAUAUCGAUGCCUGGAAGUACUUCACUCAUACCAGGACUACAGAGUUACGGGCUGGACGGCAAGGUGCACCAGUUGGAGUUGGACAAACGCCGAAUGGAGUCAGAGUUACAGACCCAGCAACAAGUUCAACAACAACAGACAACGGCCAUGCAGAAUGCUCACAAGGAUUACAUUCAACUCUUGGAAGAGUCAGCAAGUCGUCGUGAGACAAGACUCCGUCAGGACCACCAGGAAGCACUGCAGCAGUACGAACAGCGACUGAAACAGCUGCAGGAGGACUACAGCACACAGCAGGAUCAACAGCAGCAGCGGGGAAGACAGAUGGCUACGGAGCACAACAUCCAACUGCAGCAGCUGCAGCAGAAUCACAGGCUUGCCAUGGAGGCUGUGCAACAGCAGCACGAGCAGCAGCUACAGCAGGUUAAGUUAACCAUGCAACGAGAGAUGGACGCCAUCAACAACGCUCCGACACAUAGCAAGUCCCUCCAGGCUGUAGUCGACCAGGUCCACUAUGCAAGCAAGGAGCUUGGCAGCCUACAGAAUCACGUACAUGGCAGGCAGCAGAGUCAAUUAGAGCAGAGGUCUGUAGAACUCGGAGAGAAGGACCAACAACUCCAAGCCUUGGAAAAGCGGUUGUCUGACAAGCAGGACGAGAUGAGUGAGGAAAGAGCCAGGCUAGAAGCUCUAGUCAGCCGUCUUGAAGCUCAUAUCCGCCAGCAGAACACGCAGCUUGAUGAGGAGAGAUUUCGUCUUCGUCAGGAGCAGAGUAAGUUGAUGAGCCUUCAGAGAGCUACUGAGGAGGAGAGGAAGAUAGCGGCAGAGCAGCUGGCUGCCCAACAAGCCUCUCUCCAGAAGGCAAAGGAUGCUCUUUUGGCAGAGCAGAAGACGCUGAUGGGUCAGUGUCUUGGAGAGAGGAAAGCCCUCGCUGCAGAGCGAGCUCAGUUAGGUUCCUCCAGGAGACAACUAGAGACGUCUUUACAAGAACAGGCCAACAAAGCUAUGCAGGUUGGGGCAGAACAAGAUGGCAGGCUGGAAUCUCUGGCCUCAGAGCGAAGUCAGCUGACAGCUCAAGCUGCCUCGUUGCAACAGCAGCAGCAAGCCGCACAACAGGAGAAACUGCAGUUGUCGCAGCGGAGACAGGAGCUAGACAGCGAGCAACGACGGCUUCAUCAACUGGCUGAAACCCUCCGGCAGCGGUCAGCACAGAUACAAGAAACUGUCACGGAAGGUGUGGAGGCUAGGGAGGAGGGUCAAUCAGCCUUGCAGGCAGCCAGGACGAUCGAAGCAGAACACGCCACCAGAGAAAUGAACAUUCAGAGUCAACUUCAGACUCUACGCACCACUCAGAGACAAAUCGCAAAGGAGAGGUUGGACCUUGCUCAAGAACAAAGGAGUAUGGAGAGACAUCGUGGAUCAUUACGCUGUCAACUCUGUGGUGGACCAGCAUCUCUACAACGAUCAAACGGUAUGCCAUCACCUACUCCAGCCUGGACAGCCGGUGACAGUCUUGGGUUCACACCCCAACACCAUCGCUCAGCGCCGAUGCUGGACGAUCCACAGCUCCGUGAGAGGGAGAGAGUGCACUCCAGAGCGAUGAGUCAACGUGACGUUGACAAACUCCUGUCCCAAGCAGAGCUGGGGCACAGUUUGAGAAUGUGGAAAGUUGCCGCCGAAAAGGACAAGGAAUUUCUGGAAGAAGAAAGUAUAUUUUUAGAAACUUUGAAGUCACCAUUUCCAGAAGGAUACGUGCAGAGAGCAUAAAGUAGCCAACUGAGCAUGGGGGCGAGGCCUACAGCAGAUGGUUUAAAUCAGUUGUGCAGAAGGCUACAAUCGGCUUACUGAGCAUGACCAGUAUGUACAGAAGGCUCCAAUCGGCUUACUGAUCAUGACCAGUAUGUGCAGAAGGAUACAAAGAAGGAUACAAUCGGCUUACUGAGCACGACCAGUAUGUGCAGAAGGCUCCAGUUGGCUUACUGAGCAUGACCAGUAUGUGCAGAAGGAUACAAUCGGCUUACUGAGCAUAACCAGUAUGUGCAGAAGGAUACAAUCGGCUUACUGAGCAUGACCAGUAUGUGCAAAAGGCUCCAAUUGGCUUACUGAGCAUGAACAGUAUGUGCAGAUGGCUCCAAUCGGCUUACUGAGCAAGCCAAGUAUGUGCAGAAGGCUCCAAUUGGCUUACUGAGCAUGACAAGUACUUUGUAUGUGCAGAAGGCUACAAUCGGCUUACUGAGCAUGACCAGUAUGUGCAGAUGGCUCCAAUCUGCUUACUGAGCAAGCCAAGUAUGUGCAGAAGGCUCCAAUCGGCUUACUGAGCAUGACCAGUAUGUGCAAAAGGCUCCAAUUGGCUUACUGAGCAUGAACAGUUGGUGCAGAUGGCUCCAAUCAGCUUACUGAGCAAGCCAAGUAUGUGCAAAAGGCUCCAAUCGGCUUACUGAGCAUGACAAGUAUGUGCAGAAGGCUACAAUCGGCUUACUGAGCAUGACCAGUAUGUGCAGAUGGCUCCAAUCUGCUUACUGAGCUAGCCAAGUAUGUGCAGAAGGCUCCAAUCGGCUUACUGAGCAUGACCAGUUUGUGCAGAAGGCUACAAUCUGCUUACUGAGCAUGACCAGUAUGUGCAAAAGGCUCCAAUAGGCUUACUGAGCAUGACCAGUAUGUGCAGAAUGCUCCAAUCUGCUUACUGAGCAUGACCAGUAUGUGCAGAAGGCUCCAAUCGGCUUACUGAGCAUGACCAGUUUGUGCAGAAGGCUCCAAUCGGCUCACUGAGCAUGACCAGUAUGUGCAGAAGGCUCCAAUCGGCUUACUGAGCAUGACCAGUUUGUGCAGAAGGCUCCAAUCUGCUUACUGAGCAUGACCAGUUUGUGCAGAAGACUCCAAUCGGCUCACUGAGCAUUACCAGUAUGUGCAGAAUGCUCCAAUCUGCUUACUGAGCAUGACCAGUAUGUGCAGAAGGCUCCAAUCGGCUUACUGAGCAUGACCAGUUUGUGCAGAAGGCUCCAAUCGGCUCACUGAGCAUGACCAGUAUGUGCAGAAGGCUCCAAUUGGCUUACUGAGCAGAUGGAGGCGUUUCAACAGGCUAUGAUUGACACCUUAGAACAGAAAGUAUUGACUGCCUCAACUGCUGUUCAAUUUAGUCAGGAAGAUGUUUUGACUAUAUUUGAUUCUCUUCCAACGUGAAAUUGAUGUAGUCUCAGGGUAUUUGAGUAUAACUUACAGAAAAAAGAAAAAAAAAUUUGUAAAAAGGCAGUGUGUUGCUUUUGUCAUUGAAGCCAAAUUUAUCAAAAUUGUUGAUACAGUAAUAUUCUUGAGUCUGUCUUUGCAAUAUAUGUUGUCAAGUGUAGAUUAGGAAUGUAUCAUCAUCUGAUAAUAUUCUUAUUUAUUGUUACAAUUUACUAUUUAAAAUAAUUGAUUGGUAUUCAUUUUAAAGGCAGUGGACACUAUUGGUAAUUGUCAAAGACUAGCCUUCAC